AUGGCAACCACAGAGCAGAAGCCAGCGCCUUGGCACGCCGCCUUUCCGGCGCCGGUGUCGAAGGCCACCUUCGUCACCCGAGAAGAGACCCGCAAGCUCUUUGAGGCGAAGACUGCGGGGAAAGAUUUCAUCCUCGUUGACGUGCGCCGUACCGACUUCGAGGGUGGCACAAUUAAACACUCCAUCAACCUUCCCGCCCACUCCCUCUAUCCGACCCGCGAGGCCAUCUACAACCUCCUCCACGGCGCCGGAGUGUCUCUCGCCAUCUUCUACUGUGGCUCCUCCAACGGCCGUGGCCCCCGUGCUUCAGCAUGGCUGCAGGAUUACAUCAAUGAGAAGGGUGACGAGACGAUCAAGAGCGUUGCACUUGAGGGCGGGAUCAAAGGAUGGGUUGGGGCUGGUGAGGAGUAUGUGCAGCUCGUUGAGGGGUAUGAGGCCGAGGUUUGGGCGAAGGGUGGAGAGGGGUGCUAG